AUGACACCGGAUGAACUCCACAGAGAGCAGGUAGAUGACCCGCAGAAUAAUUAUCUCCUACCUCCUUCAGCUUCGCAUCAGAAUGAUUUUCAUCCAAGUGAGGAGCGGGUGGGAGACUAUGAGCGGGUGCGACAGAGCCCUUCCCUUGAGCCGCAUCCCGAGUCCGCACCGGAGUCUACCACUGACCUCGACACGACUGAUGAAGAAUCCCUGCAAAAAGAUCGAAAUCCCCUGUCCCUUUGGAGAUUGUUUUCGAAAGUAUUCAUUUGGGAGAUCUUGGCGAUCACGCUAUCUACCGGGCUUUUGCUCUCGAUAGUUGUGAUCGGGGCUAAAUUCAACAAGCAGCCCCAACCGAGCUGGCGAUAUAUGUCUUUGAAUUCUAUGAUAUCCUGGUUGAGCACUCUUUCCAAGGCGUGCGUCUUGUUUGCUAUUAGUGAGGGGCUGGGUCAGUUGAAAUGGGUCUGGUUUGCGCAAAGGAAGCGAGCAAUGUCCGACAUUCGUGCCUUCGAUGCAGCCAGCCGAGGGAUAUAUGGCAGUGCAGAGUUGAUUUGGAGCAUGAGAGCCAGGUAUUCUAGUACAACCACUAUUUUCUAUGCUGACGAGAUGCUUAUUAUCGAACGCACCAGACAUUUUGCGGUCGCGGGCAGCCUGGCGGUCAUAUUAGCGAUCGCAUUUGAUCCUUUCAACCAAAACCUAAUUCACAAUUAUCCCAAACUCGUCGAUGAUAGCACGCAGACAGCAACUGUGUCAAUUAGCUCUGACUAUGAUGCAUUAGGGCCAGCGACAGGUGCCUUGAACCUCAUUGAUUCCAACAUCAAGGCCAAUGUUUACAACUCGAUCUUCAACACUGACUCAUCCAAGCCGUGGUCUAUACCUCGAUUUGGUUGUAGCUCUGGAAACUGCACAUGGGACCCGCUGGUCACCCUAGCAAUGAGCUCGAGCUGCACAAGCAUAUCAGAUAAACUGCAGACCACGUGCAUGGAGGUUGAGGGUGAGUUGAAAUGCUCAAGUUACCUUGCCGGAGAAGACGCUGCAAUGGAUGGGAGUGUUGCGAUCAACUUCACCAUGGGCUCAAUUAUCGGGACACCAGUAGCAUUGGGAUCAACCGAGAGCUUUGUGUACCCCAGUAGACCGAUUGCGCCAAUGCAGAUGGUCGCACUCGAUUUUGGUAAAGCAAAUCGAUGGGGUGCAUUCGAGUGCGCGUUUUUACCGGUUGUUCGCAGCUUUCGUCCGAGUGUGACUGAGGGUGUAUAUCGAGAGGAGACAUUGGGUGUCUGGAAAGAGGGCGACUAUGACGGAAAAGACAUAUUGAGUGGAUCAUACAUCUUGAAGCCUCCUUGGGGACCCGAAAUGGGCAUGGAACGCAACACAACUUUCGGAAUCAGACAAACGACCCUAAUCACAAUGAUGAGUUUCCUUCGCAUGUUCUUCUCUGGUCGGAUGGAGAUCAACAAUUUUGGGCAGUCAUACAAACCGAACGCAAAAUCUACGUUUGCCAGUGAAGAUUUGAUGCAGGCGGUCGCUUCUCCGAUAUCAAACAUUACCGGCUGCACAGUCGAGGGGCCGGGGAAACUUCAAUGUGCAGUAGAGAAUGCCGCGGAAGCAAUGUCCAAGUCGUUCCGAGACCAUGCGUUAUCCGCACAGCAGGGCACGACUGUUUUCGGCAAGGCAAUGACCAGCAAAACAUACAUUGUCAUACAUUGGCAGUGGAUCGCGCUCCCGGUUGUGGUCUGGUUGCUUGGAGUUUUCACUCUGGUGGGUGUCAUAUGGAAGACCCGGAAAACCAUUGCUCCGACAUGGAAGAAUGAUGUGAUGCCAUUGUUGACCGUAUAUGAACAUGGCCAAAAUCAAAUCAGUGGGAUGACAGAAGAGUUAUACAAAGAGAAAGUGGAAUUGUUUGAUGACGAAGGCAGAAUCAAGCUUGGAAAUCAGCACAAGAGUAUGGAGUCGAGCAUUAUACAUUGA